AUGAGGAUAGAUUUCAGGUUUCUGGUGAUUCAUUAUUUGUUGUUAAUUCAGAGCACGCUGCAUUAUUCAAAGACAAACUCUUUUGUUGACAUGAGUGGAAGUGAUAGAAAGCGCUCUUCAAAGUGGGAUUUGAGUGAUGAACCCAAACUCUCAUCUGGUAGCAAGCAAAUACGGUCUGGGCAGUCCUCUGCAGAUGUUGCUGGUAGUAAUAGUUCAAAAUGGGCUUAUUCAGAAGGAAAUGAUAAAUUAAGACCUGUUAUGGGAUAUUCAUCAAAGGAAUAUUUUUCUGGAGAUAGAUGUUCAAAUGAGGAAGAUGCUAUGAUUAAAGACCAUAGAAUGUUGGAUACAAGAAGAGAAUGGGACAUUGAUGGAAGUUACGAGGAACGUAAACAAAAGAGACACAGUCAAUCUCCUAAAAAUGCUUGGAGCAGAAGCAGUCGGAGCCGUAGCCGUAGCUGGAGCCGUAGCCCUCCUCGUGGUUUUAGGCGGGAUUCUGGAGUUGAUGAUAGAAAAAGGAUUAGGGUUGGAGGAUCAACACGACCAUGCAGAGAUUUUGCUGUUGGUAAAUGCAGAAGAGGCAGUCUUUGCAAUUUUCUGCAUCAUGAUAACCAAAAUCAUGAGGAUAGUUGGGAAGGCAAACACAGGGAAGAUGGAGCUCCCAAAUACUCUGCUACCUAUGAGAGCGGCGACCAUUCUUUUAAGAGUGGUAGAUCUAAUAAAGCUUGCAUAAAUUUUGCAAAAGGCAGCUGUAGAAUCGGAGCAUCUUGCAAGUAUGUGCAUGACAACGAUUCUGAUGGAUAUGGUAAAGUUUAUAUGGAUGAAUUCACUAGAGAAAGGGAAGAUGGAGGAGCUCCUAGAUAUUUUGCUGCCCAUGAGAGAGAAGACCGUUCUUUUAAGAGAGGUAGAUCUAAUGAAGCUUGUACAAAUUUUGCAAAAGGAAGGUGUAGAAUGGGAUCAUCUUGCAACUUUGUGCAUGAUAAUGACUCUGAUGGAUAUGGCAAAGUAUUUAAGGAUGAAUUCACUAGAGAAAGGGAAAUCGAUAGAAGGCACAGAGAUAAUUCUUUUGAGCAGAGUGGUGGGCAUGUGCCUAGCCGCACUAGUGACACUCCUUGCAAGUUUUUCGCUAAUGGAAAUUGUCGUAAUGGUAAAUAUUGUAGGUUUUCUCAUGAUAGGCAAUCAUUUAAGAGCCCUAAUAGAAGAUUAAGGGAUGAUAGAUGGGCAAGAAAUCCAGGUGGAGAUUAUCAAAUGGAUAGACGAAAGUUGAGUGAUUCCAUUAGUCCAAAUAGAAGGCUAAGAGAUGAUAGGUGGGGUUCAGAUGGCGACAUGGCUGAUCCAGAUCGAGUCAGGGACAGUCCAAAGCGGAAUGAUACAAUUUCUGUCUCUGAUACAGCAAAUCUGAUGGAGAAUAAAAGUGGAAAUAUAGGCGCCACAGAGCCAGGAUUUACUGCUUUGCCUAUAACUGAUGAAUGGGGGCAUGGUUUAGAUAAGAGUAGGCUGCUCUGUAAACCACAGAUUUCAAAUGAUAAGAAGGAAGCCAAUCGUUGGAUAGCAGCAAAUACUGGUGCCAACAUGCAUGGUUCCCAGUCAUUAGGCACAACAGACAUUUGGCCGGGUGAUGCAGAAAUGUCUCCUGAUUGGAAGUAUAGGACAGGAUCUUCUAGCCAUAUGGAAGAAGAUGUACAGAAUAAGCAUGGUAUAAGCCAAGGUGAUACGUAUUUAGCCAUCUCUGAACAGGACAGAACACAGCUUGCUCCAGGACAAAGCAUCAACCAGAAUGCACAGAAUGUAAAUCCCUUGCAUACUUCCAGCAGCCAUGCAGUUGGACAAAGUCAAGUGGAUGUUCGUACUUAUCCUUCAAGAGAAGGAACUGUUGAUGCUACCCACAGCCAAGAAGUAUCCACUGAGAAAAAGUACUCUGUGGAAUCUAAUGUCAUGGAUUCGGGCUUAUCACAAGCUGGUUCAAUAAACCCUCCAACUCAAAACACAGUAAGCAAUGAACAGCUUGCCCAACUCACGGAUCUUUCAGCUUCUUUGGCUCAUAUCCUUGGAUCAGGUCAGCAGCUGCCGCAGCUAUACGCUGCCUUAAAUUCUCACGAUUUAAAGGGCAGUCCUUCCCAAGCAAAUACUCAAUUGCCUGCAAUGCCUGUUUCAAACACAUGCAUCAAGCCAGAUUCUGCUGUUGGGCUCCCAAAGCAGUAUGAUCCAAUGAAUGGUAGUAAUGAGCAAAAGAAUGCUGAUGCAAGUGGCCUUCCCCCAACCAUUCCUCCAAGUAAAAAUAUUGCCAAAGUAGAAAUUCUGUCACCGUUGUCUAAUUUAGGAAAACAAAAUUAUGGCGAUUCUAUUAAGGGUGCCUCCUCAGAACUUAUCAAGAGUGAUAAUCUUAUCCGUUUGCAGCCUGGUCAUAACACAGUGCUUUAUAACAAUGAAGAGGUAGCUAAGGAAAGGAAAAAUUCUCAAGAUGUUCAUAAAAGUGCAAAAGAGAAUGGUCCGCAAAACACGGACCAAGAUGGUAAACUUGAUGAUGACAAACAAACAAAGGAUAUGAAAGGGAUUCGUGCAUUUAAAUUUGCACUGGCUGAGUUUGUUAAGGAGCUUUUGAAACCAGCGUGGAAGGAAGGUCAAAUAAAUAAAGAUAAUUAUAAAACAAUUGUGAAGAAAGUUGUUGAUAAAGUAUCGAGUACCAUGCAGGGGGCCAACAUUCCUCAGACACCAGAGAAAAUUGACCAAUAUUUGUCAUUUUCAAAGCCAAAGGUUAACAAACUUGUACAGGCCUAUGUGGAAAAGGUUCAGGUUCAGAAGGGUUAG